GAAUAUUUUUGUACAAUGUGCCGAAAAAUUUAAUUAAAUGUUAUCAAUUUUUAUAUAAAGUGCGUAAUAAAAUGGGAAAUUAGUUUAAUAAAACAAACUAAAUGUGAAAAUAAGAAAAAAACUACAAAAAUAAUGAGAAAUAGUGUGUAAAGAGCAAAGUGUUUGUGUACAAGAAAGAGGAAAGAAAAACAUUCAAAUGAAAACAAAAUGAGACGAAUGAAUCGCGGUUACGAUAAAAUGGGAAAAUUAUUUGUUCGCAAAUUCUUUUAUUGUUUAGUAUUUUGUGUUAUUAUUGCAUCAGCCUCGGUGUCGGCUACGUUAGUGUCAAAAACAACGACAUCAUCAUCAACAGAUAGUGCAGAGGUUGUUGUCGACGAUGUUAACAUUGGUGAAGGGGUUAAUAGGGUUAAGGAUUGUACAGACUUAGCCCGCGAUGAAGAAACUCUAAUGGUAUUUUCCACAUUAGGGGGCGGUUUAACAGCAAUUGAUCCGAUAACAAGUGAAAUACGUUGGACCAUAGCUGAUGAUCCCCCCGUAAUGUCUGAGCAGCAACAGAAUGUUCAUGUACCACAAUAUUUACCGGAUCCACGAGAUGGUAGCAUUUAUCAAUUGGGUGAUAUGGGAAGUUUAAAAAAACUACCCUAUACAAUACCGCAACUAGUGGCAAAUGCUCCAUGUCGUUCAUCUGAUGGCAUAUUGUAUUCGGGUAAAAAGAGUGAUACAUGGUUUAUAGUCGAUCCUAAGUCGGGAAGACGUGAAAAAGUCGGCUUUGGUGGCUCAGUAGAUGGAGGCGAUGGUGAACGUAUAGGUUGGGCAACUUCAAGAGCAAUUUACUUGGGUCGAACACAAUAUACCGUCAUGAUGUAUGACAGUUCGAAAAAGAAUAAAAAUGCAAAACCUUGGAAUAUUACGUUCUAUGAUUAUAGUUCUAUGGCCACUACACCGGAUAUAUCAAAAGAUUAUGAAUAUUUACACUUAACCACCACUUCUAAUGGUAAUAUUUUAACUUUGGAUCGUAAAAAUGGCAAAUUUUUAUGGAAGAAUGAUUUAACUAGUCCAGUGGUAGCAGCUUUUCUUUUGGGACCGGAAGGUUUGCUAAAUGUUCCUUUCACUACAGUUUCGGAUGAAGCUUUUCAGGCUAUACUGGAGGAAUCAAAAGAUGGCAAUGUCAAUACAGUUAAACUUUUCCAAUCUUUAUAUGUUGGAGAACAUAGACACGGUCUGUAUGCCUUACCCUCCUUAGUGGACAAAAAUACACCACGUAUUACCACAGCGCCGCCAAUCAAACUUUUAGAUGGUCCCCAGACAAAUGUUGAUCCCAAUACAAUUUAUUUAAAUGAUGUUUUCGAUAAUAAAGCCGGUAUUUUACUCGGCCACUACAAUGUGCCUAACGAUGUGAAUUUACAAAUUUCCCCAACACCUGCUGUUACCAAAGAAGAUAAUAACCAUCAAUUGGCCACUAUUAAUGCGGCACUUAAUGGCCCCGGUCUUUCUAUACUAUCUACGGGCAAUGAAAAACAUUCAGCCGAUAUUGGUGUACAAACUGAACCGGUCAUUGAAUUGGAAAUUGAAUCGAAAAUAAUUAAUAAAACAUUUGGUCGUUUCGCAUUGAAUAAAACCAAAGAAAUCAUCAUUGAUAAUAGUAAACAAGUACGUUCGUUCAUCUACGAAUGGUUUAUAGAUCAUCCCAGCAAUCAAGUACAUGUUAUAUUGUGCAUUAUAAUAGUUGUCAUGUUUAUAAUGUUUUGGUACAUGUACAGUUCGGUGCGUGAGUUGAGGAAUCAAAGCGAGAAUGGCUCAAAAACUAAUGGUUACAGCGGAAGUCGUGGUAGUGGCAGUAGUAAUAUUAGUGCUCAAGAUUUGGUCGAUUUGGGAGAUGGUCAUAUACGGGUGGGCAAAAUAUCAUUUAAUUCCAACGAAGUGUUGGGUAAGGGCUGUGAAGGUACUUUUGUUUUCAAGGGUACUUUCGAGGAACGUUUUGUGGCGGUUAAACGUUUAUUGCCAGAAUGUUUUACUUUCGCUGAUCGUGAAGUGGCAUUGUUGCGUGAGAGCGAUGCUCACGAAAAUGUUGUGCGUUAUUUUUGUACCGAACAAGAUCGCCAGUUUCGUUAUAUUGCUGUAGAGCUAUGUGCUGCCACGCUACAAGAUUAUACAGAAGGUGAACGCAGCAUAGAAUUACGUGAGCAGAUAUCAGUGUGGGAAGUGAUGAAACAGUCUGCUGCGGGUUUGAAUCAUUUGCAUUCAUUAAAUAUAGUACACCGAGAUAUUAAACCACAAAAUGUUUUAUUGUCCUUACCUGAUGUAAAUGGUGCCGUUCGUGUUAUGAUCUCAGAUUUUGGUCUUUGCAAAAAACUAAAUUAUGGUAAAACAAGUUUUUCUAGACGCUCGGGUGUUACGGGCACCGAUGGCUGGAUAGCGCCAGAAAUGAUGAAAGGCCAAAGAACUACAACAUCUGUAGAUAUAUUUUCAUUGGGUUGUGUUUAUUAUUAUGUCCUAAGCAAGGGACAGCACAUUUUUGGAGACGCUUUAAAGAGACAGGCCAAUAUAUUGGCAAAUGAUUUUAAUAUGAAUCAUUUGCAACCUGAUCUUAAAGAAGAAUCUAGUAAAAUUAUUUUAGCUGAACAACUAAUCAGUGAUAUGAUACAUAAAGAUCCACAAUUUCGUCCACCAGCUAGAUGUAUUGGCAAUCAUCCUAUAUUCUGGAACAAUCAAAAAAUCUUGGCUUUUCUACAGGAUGUAAGUGAUCGUGUUGAAAAAUUACAAUUUAAUGUUGAGCCUUUAAAAUCGCUGGAGAAAAAUGGUAGCAUUGUGGUAUUGGAAGAUUGGAAUUUACAUUUAGAUCCUAUAAUAACUGAAGAUUUGCGUAAAUUCCGCGGUUAUAUGGGAGCAAGUGUGAGAGAUCUAUUGAGAGCUUUAAGAAAUAAGAAACACCAUUAUCACGAAUUAACCGUUGAAAUGCAGAAUAUACUUGGCAGCAUUCCACAUGAAUUUACUAACUAUUGGAUUAGUAGGUUCCCUCAUUUAAUAUCGCAUGCUUAUCAUGCGUUUAGUAUUUGCUCUAAUGAGCCUAUUUUCCAAACCUAUUACAAUUCCUCUUAUCAUUUUACUCGGCCAGAGUAUUUUGAUGCUGACGAUGAUUUAUAUCCCACUCUCUUGCAGAGAGAUCCUAAACCUUUGCUAAAACAACAAGGCACAAGUAAUAGUCCUAAGAAAACUUCACAAACUCCUGCUCAAGCACGUCAACGUAGGGGCGCCUAUAGUUUUCGCAAAUCAACGGUCGAUGAAGAUUCAUCGACGCCUCAGGGUUUGUUGCGCAAUUUUGAAGGUUCCUUAGAUGUCGAGGAAGAUAAACGUGAUGUAUUUGCUAAUUUUAAAUUUAGACGUUAUGCUAAUAAGACAUCUAAUCGUAAUUAUAAUAAUGCCAAUAAAAAGGAUAAAAAUGUAACAUGGACUUUAAAUCCAACAACUACAACUAAAGAUGAAUAGUUUAUAGAUUUUUCACUUGUUUUAGUUAAAAACAAAAUUAUACUUAAAUUAAUUGUGCAACUUUCCGUUUUUUUUUAAUGUUAAAUGUAUUUAUUACACAAAUAUUAAUUAGCUGUUCUAUCCUUAAGUUAAUUAAUUGUCUAUUUACGCACCAUUUUAUUUAAAAUUUAGUGAGGAAUAUUUGUAGCAUCAUUUUAAUUUCCUUUAGCAUAAAUAUAUACAUAUUUUGAUAAAAAAAUAUUAGUUGUUAAGCUAUUCGUUUAAUAAUAAACAUUUGUUAGUGAAACUUAACAUCCUAACGAAUAAAUUGUCUGUGAUAAAUAUAAUAUUUCUUUUUUAUAUUUCUUAAAAAUAAAACAAAAUAGAAAAAAACUUAACCUUUAAAAUCUAAAAUGUUUUUUUUAGUAUUUGAG